GGAGCCCACCUCGUCCGUGGCCGCCCAGAUCCUGGCCACGGUCUCCAUCCUCUUCGUCAUCGUGUCCAUGGUGGUGCUGUGCGCCAGCACCCUGCCCGAGUGGCGGGCGGCGGAGAACCGCAGCGUGGAGGAGCAGAGCAGGAUCAUUGAAGCUAUCUGCAUAGGCUGGUUCACUGCCGAGUGCAUUGUGAGGUUCAUCGUCUCCAAAAACAAGUGUGAGUUUGUCAAGAGACCCCUGAACAUCAUUGAUUUGCUGGCAAUCACUCCUUACUACAUCUCUGUGCUAAUGACAGUUUUCACAGGGGAAAAUUCUCAGCUCCAGAGGGCUGGAGUCACCUUGAGGGUCCUUAGGAUGAUGAGGAUUUUUUGGGUGAUUAAACUUGCCCGUCACUUCAUUGGUCUUCAAACACUUGGUCUGACUCUGAAGCGUUGUUACAGAGAGAUGGUAAUGCUUCUUGUCUUUAUCUGUGUUGCUAUGGCAAUUUUUAGUGCACUUUCACAACUCCUUGAAAAUGGGCUGGACUUGGGAACAAAGAAUAAGGAUUUUGCCAGCAUCCCUGCUGCUUGUUGGUGGGUAAUAAUCUCCAUGACCACGGUUGGUUAUGGUGACAUGUGCCCCAUCACUAUACCUGGAAGGAUUCUUGGUGGAAUUUGUGUGGUUAGUGGAAUUGUUUUAUUAGCAUUGCCUAUUACUUUCAUCUAUCAUAGCUUUGUGCAAUGUUAUCAUGAGCUCAAGUUCCGAUCUGCGAGGUACAGCAGAAGCCUUUCUGCUGAAUUCUUAAAUCAAUGAGUGUGCCUGCUUUUUGUAAUAGUGCUUUGCUUAGCCUUGGUGGAAGAGAAGAUGGACACUGCUUGUGCACACCCAUUUUGCUGGAUGAUCUAAGGAAUUGCAUAGUCAUCAGCCUCAGAAAUACAUCAGUCACCAUGCUCAUCUGAAGGAUAACUAUUUGCUUUGGGUCUCAUGGUAAGAAGUGUGAUCACCAGUUUAUUUGAAUCUGAUGUUGAGAUCUGAAAGGAAGAAAAUCGUAUCUUCCAAAAUAACAGUGAGCCUGGAAAGUUCUCAAGACCUCAUGGGGUCUGAACUUCUCUCUGCCCGUCCAGACAACUACACACACAAAGCAUGGGCUUGGUACCAAGAAAGAGGAUGGCCUGCGGCUCAGUGGGAAUUGCAGGUACCCACCCUUCUUCAUACUGAUAUCCCAUAGCCUUCCAAGGAAGCUAUAGCAGAUAUCAUUCUAACGUUUUUAAAUCUAGAGUUUCCUUGGAGGAGUAGAUACCUUGUUGACAUAAAACCUGCUUUAGAAGGGUUGGCAUUGGAGAAGAAUUCCUGCUACUUUUAGUUCCUCCAAGUCAUGCAGCAGUUGGAAUAAUCUGAUUCUGCAGUUGAAGGAAGAGGAAAAGAAUUUGAAUACACAAAGCAAAGAGAGUCUCCCAGCCCAGUUCUGAUGUCACGUAAAGCCACAGUGACAGUGAAGUCAGUGGAGUUACUCCAGAUUUUUACUGGAAUAACCAAGAUGAGUGUACUUCCCUUUCUAUUUUGUGUCAUAUGCUUAACCACAACUGCCAUGUCUCUGAAAGUAAGAUAUACAGUAGCAACUAAGGUCAUAUUUUAUAAAGAUCAGAGUAAAAUCGAGUUGUUGAUGAUGUGAUCAAUAUUUCAACUGGUAGUUCAAUGGGAUAGAGAUUAGGGUUGUACACAAAUUUGAAACGUACACAAUCUACUAAGUAUAAGCUUUGAUUUUCCACCAUCCCUUUUUAUUAACCACAAAUAUCACCUUAUAGAGAAAUAGUAUUCCAAGGAACAUGAUGUGAGUCUGUCAUUUGAGAUGUUCUAAAAUUUCCUGCACAAAGCACUAGAAAAGAGGUCUGCAGUGUCUGUUUCCAUUUUCAAAUUGUAUGAUUAUUCUUAUUGAAAGACCUAUUGUGAAUUGAUGCAAUUAAUUUAAAUUUUAACAACUGUAAAGCAGCCCAGGUGAUAUUAAAAAGUAGCAUUUUAGCUGGGUAGAAGCAGUGCUUAACAAAAAAUAUAUUUUCCCCUGUAAGUAUGGAAUUAAGAUGAAGUUAGGUUUUCACGUUUCAUAUAAUACAUUUCUUAUGUAGUACUGCUUUAUAACAUUAUUAAAUAUGACUUUGGAAAGUUACCAUGUAGAACUGUGCUGUUAAAUAUUAAAACAAAUUUAGGCACAGCUAAACCAAUACUAUUUACCACCCACCAUUAACAGGAAGGCUACGUCUAGACUACAUCCCUUUUUCGGAAAAGGGAUGUAAAUUAGACGUAUUGCAAUUGCUAAUGAA